AUGCCUACCAUCUUGAGCAAGUUCGCCGAUGGCAAGAUUCUCCCGCAUGAUCCCCAACCUGCCUCUGAACAGGGACCCGACGCAAAGUCGGAAGUACACACCCGGCUGCCCAGCUCUGAUGAGCCUCCGAUAAGCCACGCUGAGAUGAAACAGGUUAAGACACCCGAAGAUGAGCUCAAAGCUCAGCUAUGCCUUGAAAAGGCCGAGUACUCCGCCACAAAUCAGUAUACAACUCGCGAAACGCGAGCGCCAGAACUGCUUAACCCUGCCUUGACCAGUCCUGAGAUGGCGUUGCCCGAGUCAAGCCAAUCCGCAGAGGAACAGCCCAACAUGACUCAGUCUAAGUCAGAUGAUUGGAAUGAUAAAAAGGCCGGGCUCACUCUGGGAAAUGGCCAGUUGAGGCUGAAGAUUGAGAACUGGAAGACCCCUGGCCCAACAUUUGCCGUUGAGAAUAAUCCCAAGGGCAACCCCAAGUGCAACCUUCAUGGGGUUGUUGAAGGCCCCAAGUUGGUAUACAUUGACUUCACGAUUCCCACCAAUCACCCAGGUGGCAUGUUGGGGGUCAUGCAAUCGAUUGAAGCACUCUUCAUGUUCCCAAAGAAGAUUGCCAUGAGAAACGUCGAGACAGGUUCUGCAGCGGCUGAUCGAGAGUCGAAUGACCCAAAGAGAGAGAGCCAUUACAUCGACUGGACAACCCAAUGGGACACAUGCGGUUGUCGAGUAAACUGGAUGAAGGCGAAAGAAAGAUCGCCAAUCAUCAAGUUCAAAUUCGUCAGUGGACGGAAUGCGAAACGCGAGGAGCAGAUGAUAGUCACUGUUGAUGAGCGUGAUGCGUUUUACCAGAUGAUCUCUAAGAAAGACCCUAACACUUACGGCCAAUACAUGGCACUUCCGGUCCGGAUUUGGCUGCGCAUUCAAUGGAUGAUUGCAGAGACUGGCGACGUUGGCGACAGCAAACUGUUUGGAAAGUUGAUUGCCGAUCAAAUUCCCCUUUUUUCAAGGAAUAAUAAAGGGGGAAUGGCAUCAAAGAACAUGCCAGACAGUGUCCAAGAAUCUUCUAGAGUUGAAGGAAGUUCUCAGGACGAAAAGUCAGAUGCGUCAGUCAUGCCAAGCACACAGCAGUCAGUGUUAGGGCAAGAACAUACGAUGGAGACAACGGGAAGUCAAGAGUUGACCGAGGAAGAGUUGCUUCAUGAAGAGUUGGCCGAGAAAGUGUUGACCCAGGAAGAUCAUGAGUCUACCCUGAAAGGGUUGACCAAGAGGGUUUCAACGCUCACUAUUGAUACCCAGAAGAGCAACAAAAGGUCAAAGGGCAAGGGCAAGGGUAAGGGCAAGCGCACGCCUGGUUCGUCUGGGUCCAACUCAGGAAAGAAGGACGCAGACCAUGUCACCGAUCGCAUCACAGACUACGUUACAGAACGUGAUGACCAACGUGAUCACAACCAGCGUGGUGACUUACUUUCGGGAGUGCAUGACAUCGCUCGACAGGAUGUCCUGACUGAGCAGCAACUUGCGGCAGUUGCUGGCCAACAAACAGUCGAUGCACCCCGAUCCCCUAUUACCCCCAUCACCCCCAUCACCCCCAAUGACUUGACUGCCCCGUUUUCUUCAUCAUUCGAGACAGCCCGAACCCACCUCUCCCCCCACACUCCCCUCCCUUCAUCCUCACUUUCAUCUUUCUUCACACCUAUGAGCACCUCAUGGAAGAAAGAGGAUGAGGGGGAAGGGGGAGUGCAAGCGGAAAAAAAUGAGCCAGCAGAGGCUUCAGAUGAGCCGUGCUUUACUCCGCGGGCGGAUGAGGUUGGGCUUCGGUGCCCUGUCUCGGACAACAGGAAUGAGGUGUGGUUUUCAGACCCUGAAGAGUACCUUGGCGGCCACGAGGUGCAGGAGCCAGUCGUGCGUCGACGUCAGUCCUUUGAUGUGGCCAGUCUAGGGCUCUUUAGGGACCAGGAAACCAUAUCCUCGUCUCCAACGGCCGACCCUCGAUCGCCCUCCCGUACCUCUUCCGCCUCAUCCACCACAGACUCGGCUGGAUUUGGGACAGAUGAUCCCAGUUCAGAUGGCGCCGCUCAGUCAGGUGACCAAAGUCCAGCUGAGUCUAGCCCGUGUGGUAGGAAGAGUGUAUACAAACAGAGGAGGCAUAACAAACGGAGGCGCAGGCAGUCGACGAAGCGUCAGCAAGAGCGCAGCGCGGACGUCGAGCGCACCGUUUCUAGUGCUUCCUCUCAGGGUGAUAUAGUGGAAGGUCGUUCUCCGUCUCCACCCGAGUCGUUUGAGGAUGAUGAACCGACUCCCACAGCCAAGCAGUUCGGCAACAUCGGGGCCCCACCCCCUGAAGUACAGAUGGACUUUCCCAGACUCGGCAUUGUCUGCGAGGAGAAAGACUGCCAAGUCCUCUGUACUUUGGGGGAUGGGGUCUCCGUUGUUUGCCCUAAGUGCGGACCGUUUUCCUUGGUCCGCUACUGCAGAAAGAACCACCUGUGGGAGGAUGCCAAGAGGCACUGGCUGAAUUGCACGAUGCAGCCAGUCCUGGAGCAACACUUGGCCGGUUUGAUUUCGUACGACGAUCUCGUGGGUCCACCAAUGCUUCCCAGCCUUCACCAGUGGGACAGCCCUGAACGCCAUCGUCAGGCGCUGUGGUUCAGCUCCGCCCGCGACCAAGGUGAUUACUUUGUGUUUGCGGAGCUGGACACCCCGGUGAAUGCUGCGGACGCUCCAGCCAGUCACACAGGGCGUGGAUGUUCACCUCGAAUCGCACACAUUGUGCGAUUCGAGGACGCCGAAGAGAAGGACCGGUUCCGCCGGUGCCUAGCAAUUUGUCUCUUCACGGCGGUUGAACAUCCAGCCCUCGUGGACUAUCUUUACCGGCUUGUCCGGGACUGGAUGCGGGCUCACAACAUGUGGGCCAGUGACAAGGACAUGGACAGCAUGCUGCGCUGCCAGAUGGGACUCGAGAUGGGUGGCACCAUCGAUAAGAGCCGUCUUGGCUUGCGGCAUGCUUGUGAGACGGAGUGGGUCGGUGCUGACCGGCGCCACUGCGAGGAUCUGACCUGCGCGAGCGAGCGUCGCCCCACGUUGCUCGGUAACCAUCGUAUGGGGUUGGGCUUCCGGAGAGUGUGCGAAGCCCUCGAAUCCAACUAUUGGAUUCUGAGGGCGCACCGAGCCACCCAUCCUUCGGUGAGCGACGUGGUGGCUCGCACGUGCGGGGCAGGUUUCUCGGAGGUCCUUUCAAUGGACCGGCGGUUAUUCUACCGUGGUGUCGGUUGGGACGGGGCGGGAACGGGCCCCAUGGAGUUGGAGAUGCCGUGGUCAGGGUAG